AUGUGGGGAAGAAGAUCCAUUCGAGCUGGCGUAGCAGUUGAAGUCCUCUGUCCAGUCACUGUCCGCCCUACCCCUCCUCUUUCUCGCACGCUACACAAAUUUUCUCGUUCAUAUUUCCCUCGACUGCGAACUCGACUGCGACCUCGACUGCCUACACCCGCUGCUACAAUAGACCUAAAUUUCCCUCUCAUCAGGCAUUGUUCCGCCGAAGUCCGCAUGAUGGCGUCUCAAGAACGAGAAACACUUCCUGACGUAGCUAAGCCUAUCAACUACCAUGUCUCGCUUUUCGACUUGCAGUUCGGUGGUUCAUGGGAAUACAAGGGCGCUUUAAAGAUCGAUCUCAAGGUCACCCGUGCUACUAGCGAGAUUGUGCUGAACUCAAAGGAGAUUGAAGUACAAAAUGCCGAGAUAUUGGGGAAAGAUGGGAGCCAAUUGGCCAAAGCAUCCGGAAUCAUCUACGACAAGCAAUCGGAGCGAGUCUCCCUUGCUUUUUCGCAAGAGAUUGCGCCGGCAGAUGUCGUGCUUUCCAUCAACUUUACAGGCACCAUGAACAACGCCAUGGCCGGCUUCUACCGCUCGAAGUAUAAGCCUGUCGGGGAGCCGUCUCCCGACACCCCUAAGGAAGAUGACUUUUAUUACAUGCUAAGCACUCAAUUUGAGUCAUGCGACGCACGAAGGGCUUUCCCCUGUUUCGAUGAGCCCAACUUGAAAUCCACCUUCGAUUUCGAGAUUGAAGUUCCCAAAGGACAAACUGCACUGAGCAACAUGCCUGUACAAUCAGAAAGAGAUGGAACCAAGCCCGUUGGCGACUUCGAAUAUGUUGAGGCUAUGACCGAGCGCAAAUACCAGGGCAAGAGUAUUCCCGUUCGAGUUUACACCACGCGGGGCCUUCAAGAUCAGGCUCGUUUUGCACUAGAAUGUGCUCACCGCACGGUCGACUAUUUCUCGGAAGUCUUCGAAAUUGAAUACCCCCUUCCCAAAGCUGAUCUUCUGGCUGUUCACGAAUUUGCCAUGGGUGCCAUGGAGAACUGGGGUCUUGUGACCUAUCGAACGACCGCUGUUCUCUUCGAUGAAGGAAAGUCGGAUAAUCGGUACAAGAACCGCAUUGCUUAUGUUGUGGCUCACGAGCUGGCCCACCAGUGGUUUGGCAACCUCGUCACCAUGGACUGGUGGAAUGAGCUGUGGUUGAAUGAAGGAUUCGCAACGUGGGUCGGUUGGCUUGCCGUUGAUCAUUUCUAUCCUGAAUGGAACGUCUGGUCCCAGUUUGUCGCUGAAGGUGUGCAACAAGCAUUCCACCUCGACUCGCUCCGCGCUUCCCACCCUAUUGAAGUUCCUGUUCGAAACGCCCUCGAAGUCGACCAAAUUUUCGACCAUAUCAGCUACCUGAAAGGAAGCUCUGUCAUUCGCAUGCUGAGUAUCCACCUUGGUAGAGAGACUUUCUUGCGUGGGGUUGCGAACUAUCUCAAAUCUCAUGCAUAUGGAAAUGCAACGACAAAUGACUUGUGGUCCGCCUUGAGCAAAGCCUCCGGCCAGGAUGUGCAUUCUUUCAUGGAUCCCUGGAUUCGCAAGAUCGGUUUCCCGGUUGUUACCGUGACAGAGGAACCGGGCCAGAUCACCGUUAGCCAGAAUCGAUUCUUGUCUACCGGCGACGCGAAGCCGGAGGAAGAUGAGACGAAAUGGUGGAUUCCACUCGACAUCAAAUCCGGACCGAAACUGGCCACUGUUGACACCCGUGCUCUCACCGCGAAAUCCGACACUGUUGGAGGAAUUGGAAAGGACACUUUUUACAAGAUCAACAAGGAUCUCUCUGGGUUCUAUCGAACCAACUAUUCUCCCAUGCAUCUGGCAAAGUUGGGUCAGUCGCUUGAUCUCUUGAGCGUCGAAGACAAGAUCGGUCUGCUGGGUGAUGCAGCGGCCCUUGCAGUCUCCGGCGAGGGCACUACACCCGCGUUGUUGACUCUUUUGGAAGGAUUCAAGGAGGAACAAAAUUAUCUUGUUUGGUCCCAAGUCUCUGCGUCUCUGGCGAAUAUCCGGUCGGUUUUCUCACAAAACGAAAAAGUAGCCGAGGGAUUGAAGCGGUUUACGCUUAAACUGGCGUCUCCGGCCGCAGAACGGAUUGGCUGGGAGUUCAAGCCCGAUGAGGACUACCUAAUUGUUCAACUUCGGAAGCUGCUCAUUGCAAUGUCCUGUAAUUCCGGUCAUGAAGGAUUUGUCUCAGAGGCCAAGCGCCGUUUUGAUCUCUGGGCGACCGGAAAAGAUACCGGCGCCAUUCAUACUAAUCUGCGGUCAGUGAUUUUCAGUGUCAAUGUGUCGGAGGGCGGCAGUAAGGAAUACGAUGCUGUUAAGGAAGAGUAUAUCCGAACCGACUCUGUGGAUGGCAAAGAGAUUUGCCUGUCUGCACUUGGACGCACGAAGGAUGCUGCUCUAGUGAAGGACUACUUGAACUUCGUGUUUUCAGAUAAGGUGGCUGUCCAGGACAUCCACAGCGGUGCCGUAUCUCUGGCCGCCAACUCGAAGGUUCGACAUUUGCUGUGGCAGUACAUCAAGGACAACUGGACGGCUGUCGAAACGAGGUUAUCAUUUAACAACGUUGUGUUUGAGCGCUUUGUCCGUAUGGGUCUAUCAAAGUUUGCCGAUCACCAGAUAAGUGAUGACAUCGCGGCUUUCUUCAAGGACAAGGAAACGGGGGCCUAUGACCGUGCACUUGUGAUUGUCUCGGACAACAUUCGAACCAAUGCAUCAUAUAAGGAGCGUGAGGAGGCAUUGGUUCUCGAAUGGCUGCAGGCACACGGUUACGCGUAA